AUGAAGUAUUGUCACGAAUACUUCCCUUUCAAAGGGAAGAUUAGAUACACUGAUCGUUUGGAGAGCACAGACGGGGCUUACUAUCUCAAAACGUCAACGGACAAUAGUCUGUGUGCUAAAGGCAGCGAAGAUUGGGCCUUUAAAUUGUUCAGCUUUCAGAAGAGGCUUGAAAAUGAGAUCAAAGCAUUGGAAUUCUUGGCAACGGAAAACAAAAUUCCAGCACCAGAAAUUAUUUCAAAGUGUGAUACAGGGGACCACUGCUGCUUAGCAACGAAAGAAAUCAAAGGUGUUGAGAUCCAUCAACUUGAACACAAAGAGGAUAUUCGAGCAGUAUGUGCAGAAGUUGGAGAAAUCUACGAUCGAAUGAAGUCUUUGCUUCGCCCGAAAGCAGAAUCCUUCUCUGGAGAGCUGUGCUUGUUUGCAAGCGCGGGUCAAUUCUUGCAUCAUAACAAAGUGAAGCAGUUCGCACCUUCUGAGGAAGAUGUUUAUCCUCUUUGCCAUGGUGAUUUGUAUCAAAGCAAUAUCAUCGUGGAUCCUACAACAGCAAGGGUGAAAGGAAUCAUCGAUUGGGAGUUUGCAGGUUUUUAUCCAUUAGCGUUAGACCCUCCAAGAUUCUGUUUCGAGAUUGACCACCGCGAGGGUGCAAAUAAGAAGUUAAUGCGUGAAAGUGCAAGCUGGAGUUCUCAAAGCCAUCAUGACUUUGGAGAAGAAAUUCAAGCGUUCCUUUCCAACGUCAAGAAAGGAGUCUACUAUCCAUCCGGUUCAGCAAAUACAAUUUAACGUUCCGAGAUACAUAUUAAUGAAGAACUCUUAUUUUUCAAUUUCAUUUCAGUUUAAUCAUACAAACGAUCGUAAUUACCUCUAUUGAAAUCUUGAAGUGGAUAAUAACGUGCUCUUACCGUAUUUCCAGCAAAGAAUCUGCCGUCUAACCCUUUUAAACAUUUCCAAGCGGCCGCGAUCCC